UUGUUAAAAUUGCAGGAAUAUGCUAUCAUCCCCGAAUGUCAGGAUCGGCCAUACUCUGAAAAAGAAUAUACAACUUCUCGGGAGGAGAAGAUGUGGGAUCCGAAUGUGAAUGUGGAGGGUUGGUUCUAUCACUAUACUCUGGUAGCCCGAACUGCUUUAACAUUGAAGCAGCAACAUGAGGGCAUUCCAGACACGGAUGCAAUAGAAAACUCGUGUUCUGAUGUUGCGGAACAAUACAUAUCGGAUGUUCUUCACGACAUCAACUAUGAGCCGCACGAAGCGCUGCAAAUGAUAUGUAUUCAAGAUAUACCGCAGAAAGUCCUUAACAAAUGGAAGCCAGAGGAUAUGCAACUCUUCACGGAUGGCAUCAUGAAAUACGGCAAGAAUUUUUCAAUCAUUAGGAGGAAGAUGGUUCCGCAUAAACGAGUAGAAGAUUUUACCCCCUUCUACUACGUAUGGAAACGAAGCAGUAUGGCAGAAGCUUGGAGAAAGUCUCGUGCGAUAAUUAAAGCCAAAAAACGUAAAAUGGAGGAGGAACGUCUUAGGAAACAGUCGAAUAACAAACCUCCUUGUAAUCUGUCGAAUGGCAGAGUUAUGACGCGCAGCGCGACUGCCGCUGCGAAACUCGCUCUCCAAAAUAGCGAGGGGACAGAUAACGACAGUAAGUCGUCUACAUCGACAAGUCCAUCGGAGAAGGACGAAGAAACUUCUAGUACAGCAGAGUCCACGGAUUCUCCGGGGGAACAUGUCCAAAAAACGGAAAAUGGAUUACCCGAAUGUGCUAUCUUGGAAAAGUCUCCGAUGAAGAACAAGCAAAUUUCUGAUAGCUGUGGAAAACAAAGAGCUAAAAGGAAAUUGUCAAUCCCACGCAAAAUCGUUAACUUCGAUGAAAAAUCUGCGGAUGAAGCCGAGGAAAUUAAGUGCGUCCCAGCACCCAUUAUACCGCAGUGGAAAAGACAAAGAAGAAUGAAGAACACGUUGUUUAAUAAUAUUCGAGCGUAUAUCAGUGUGAUUUGCAAUUGCCAAUGUAAAUAGUUAGUUUCAAUUAGAUCUGAUGAACUUUUGUACCAUUUUAUAAGACACAACGAAAGAGCAAAAUAAUUGAAACAUAUUAUCAUUAUAAGUUGUUACGGAUUUUGCGAAAUACUCGGAUAUUUUGGGAAUUGAAGAAGUUGGUGUCAGUACAAGACAGUUCCCUAGUAGUUAAUUUAUAUAGGUGUGCAUUAUUGCCACAAUUAAGCAAUUUUGUAUAAUUUAGUACUUAUAACUUAGUAUGUAUAUCUUUUCAUUUAGAUAUUUUUCUCGACGUGCAAUACACUUCACCCAGUAAGCAACAUCGGAGUGUGAUAUUGUUAGAAUUUUUAUUCAUGUUUGUAGUAUAUGAUGGUCAAGAAAUUGUCGAUGAAAGGGCGAAAGUAAUCUACUGCAUUUUUAAAUAUUCCACUUUUAUUGCAUACGAUCUGUGUCAUUAAAUGAAAUCCUUUGUAAUUAGAUGCUAGCACACUGUAAGCAUGUAACAGCGAGAUUUUCUUGAGACGAGGCGCCGCGUGUUUGGAAUAUGGUGUAUGGAUGUAUGUGUGUCUGUAUGAGAAAGUAU